AUCCUAAUUCCUGUGACAAGGCCACGUCCGUCAAAAUAGAAAAGAAACUUGUUUGCUACCAGAAGAAAUGUGUUGGAGUGUAUUUCGCAGAGAAUUUCGCCUGGUUAAUUUUCGUUUGCUGUAUCCUAACUCGGAGGAUUUUGCUCAAUCUCCAUGGUUUGGAAUAUUGACCGUUCUGCAGUAUCGUUUCAUCGUCACUCUAUUCUGCCUUGGCACAUUAAUAGCGAGUGGAAUUAAUUACCGAAGAAACGGACCCAAAUGGCUCAUUUAUCUGACCAAUUGGAGUUUCUCUUUCAUCACAGUAUACUUCAUUUGUGCUUGCAUACUCACAGCCAUUCAUUACAAGAAACAAAGGAAAAUGGGAAAAAAUACUGUCCAAUAUAGCAUGGAAACUACAACAGAAGAGGCUCCACAACCAAUGGAAGAUAAGAUUAAGAACGAAUGUAGAGAAGAACCUGGCCAGGGAGAUGAUGACACUUUUUCCACUGAUGGCAAUUUUAAAGCAACAAUGGAGACCCCAAUGUAUUGGUACCACAAGGCCCUGUGGGUGAUAUAUAACAUUGCGGCGGCUGCCGCCCUUCUUGUUACUUUAUCGUUCUGGACGGUCAUAUCCAGAAGUAACCCAAGCGCCAUUUCAGUCAUUGUACAUGGCGUUAAUUCCAUCCUCAUGGUGGCUGAAACCAUGCUAAGCUCAAUGCCCGUGCGUUUAUUCCACGUCAUCUACCCCAUGUUCUAUGAAAUAGCCUACAUCGUAUUUACGGUGAUUUACUGGGCGUCUGGUGGCACUAACUCGUUUGGCGGGAGUUUUAUCUACCCCCAGACCGACUACUCAGGGAGACCAGUCUUCUCUGCUGUUUCACUGAUUUGCUUAUUCUUUAUUGUCCUUCCAUUUUGUCAAAGUAUUUUGUUUUGUUUCUAUCGCAUACGAGUCUGGCUGGAGACUAAGUAUGACAGAUAGAUAAAAAUUACGAUUGUAUCAAAAGUCACAAAACAGGACCAGUCUAGAUUGUUAUUUCACAAAAAGCACUUCAAGCGAGAACACAUAAAACUGAGUGCUGAUUGUUCGAGCUUUGGUUUAAAGCAUGUACACGACCACCUUUCCGUAAAAGAAUAUGUCGCUAUUCGUAGGUUUUGAUGGAUGAAGUUUCGCCCUCUUAUAAUUUUUUCUUUUCUCUUUGCGGAGGGUGCAUUUUGAGAAGUUUGAAGUUAAUUUGUGUGUGCCCAGACCAAGUUUUCAAUAAGUUUUUAAGCUCUCCAAAACAUUUUGUAAAUUAAUGUACCUCCUACCCCUUCAGUUUUGUCACGUCCUCAUUGCUGUCGCCUUCGUGCUUUUCUUCGGUUCCUAAAAGGCUCCGUUUGGAACAGAGGGAAGUGGUGGGGGAGGGGAGGGAGGGGGGUGGAGGUCAUGCGACUUUGUUGCUAGCUUAGGGUAGUACACCUCUCUCCCCCUCUAGGCCUAAACUCAUUAAGGAGCUCUCAUGGUUGGCUACUGCGAGAAAUACUCAAUUGGAAAAUUUAAACAAAUAGAUAAACGGCAGUUAAUGGUUAACUUUUUUUUCUCUCGUCUUAAGUGGCUGAACAAAGUUUUUGACACCUGUGUUUCUUUCAUCAUUUCCUCUAAAACCCUUGAUCUCUCGGUCGCCAAAACUGGCAGCAAGAAA